ACCCGAUGAUCGUGCCACAGUAUGCCGAAACGCAGUUCCCGACGGGUUUCCCUUGUGCUGGCUAUAAAGUGUUGGUUACUGCGCCCAUCCUACAGCACUUGUGCAGUUCAACCUAUAAUCAAUGUCGCUUUCAUCAGGCACUCCCAAAUUUCGAGUAGCAAUCUGUGGUGCAGGCAUAGGAGGGCUUGCCCUCGCUAUCACAAUUGGGAAGUUUGCAUGUCACGAUAUCCACAUAGACUUAUACGAAGCGCAUGACGCCAUCACGACCGCUGGGGCUGGGAUUACAGUCUCGCGGCGCACAUCGGAAGUCAUGCAAGAACUCGGCAUGUACGAAGAGAUCUCCCGUGCUUCGACCAAGCCCCCUCCCUCCAGUCGUGGGCCAAGACACAGGAUAUCUAAUGUCCCACAGGGUGGCUUCGAGUGGUUUCAGGAUACAGUCAAACGCGCGGCAUCCAUUAUGCACCGCCAGAGUCUCGUUGACAUUCUCAAGCAGUACCUCCCCUUGUCAUGCAGGCUCCACUUUAAUAAACGCCUCACUCGAUAUGAUAAGCAGUCACCAGGAUCACUUAUCCUUCACUUCGCUGAUGACAGCACCGCAACUACGGAUGUGUUAAUAGGGGCAGAUGGCCUCCACUCCUCGGUGCGGAAGACACUCUUCGAAACAUUAGACCGAGGCAUCGUGGACCCAAAUAAGAUAGGACACUACACAAACCCAUCUUGGACUGGAAAGCUUGUCUAUCGCACCGUCAUUCCAGUGAAGAAGCUCUCGCAGAUGGAUCCAAACAACAUAGCUUUGAAGGAUUUCACCGUAUUCUGCGGGAAAAGAAAGCAUAUCAUCUCUUAUCCGGUGUCAGAGGGAAGACUGCUCAAUGUCGUGGCAUUUGUCACUAAGGAACAGAAACCUGGCACACCUUUCGAGGGCCGUUGGGUCUCAGAUGUAUCCAAUGAAGAGCUUCAAGAACAAUAUCAGGACUUCGAACCCGCUGUCAAGAACCUGUUGAAAUGUUCCGAAAACCCCUCAAGAUGGGCGCUUCAUGUAGUAAAUGAAUUGCCGCUAUCCACUGACGACAGAGUUGCCCUGAUAGGUGAUGCGUGCCAUGCCAUGACACCCCACUUUGCCGCAGGAGCUGGUCAGGCAAUUGAGGAUGCUUUUGUCCUUGGCCGCCUUCUUGCUCACCCGCUCACAACGUUGGACAACGUGCCCGCUGCGCUGAAAGCAUACCAGGACGUUCGCCUCCCAUCCGCUCAAUUUGUAGCUCGUGAAUCGGAACGUGUAGGGCGUAUAAUGGACUUUAACACCCUGAAUGCAGAUCGAGGAAAUGAACAAGAAGGGCUUGGAAAUUCAAAAAGAGAAGAUCUUAGGCCAGUGGAGGCUGGAAGGUCAGGGCUUGUGCUGUUGCUGAAUGGUUAGAGGCAGAAAGAAAACUACAGGAAAGUGCAGGUUUGAGGAACGGACAAUGUGAAAACAAUCACUA